UCCCGACGCCAUCGCCAGCGCCGGUGCCGAACGUCACCACGCCGGAGCCACCAACGUCUGUCCCGACGCCAACCCCGACAUCGACGGGUACUCCGAUCCCGACCGAGAUUCCUUUUGAUAUCCCGACAUCUGCGGUUGCCACGGUCGACCCAUCGUUUCGAAACUUUCUCAACCAGACCGAGCCUCCGACCCCGGCGCCAAGUGGCGACUCUUUUCUCGGUAUGACGACCGCACCGACCAACAGAACUAUUGCGCCCGACGCUGAGCCCACUGUGCCUCCCACGGACCACAGCAACAAUAUCAACCGCGGCAAGUCGGACGUCAACGAUGCUCCGCAGACGACGGUCGGCGCCGAGUCGACGGCCCACCAGACCAUUCGGUAUCUCUCGUCGACGGUCGUUGCCGUGACGGUCGCGACGCUGGUGUUCUUUCAGUUUAUAGCCAUCAACCCGUCGUACAUUGCACCGGACGCGGCGAUGGAGCGGGCGUUUGCACCCAACGCGUGGGAGCUGCCGACUUUUGUCGGGUUCCUCCAGGUCAUCGGUGCGCUCUCGCUCGUUCGAAACGCCAACAUCCCGCAGCUCUUUUACGUCAACUUCCUCGACUCGCUCUCGUGGAUCAACUACUUGAUUCGGGCGUCGGCGCCGUCGGCCACCUCGAGCACGGUCUCGUCGAUCCAGCUCAGCCCAGCCGUGGUGGGCCAUCGGCAGCUCGCCACAAUCAAGUCCGACUAUGACGCCUCGGGCUACGUCAGCUUCUCGCUCCGGUCGCACGUCAGCGAGAAAGAUUGGUUCUUCCGUCUCUGGAUCGCGGUCCUCGUCGUCCUCGCCAUCGUUUUGGCCGCGGCCGUCGUCGUCGGUGUCGUCGGCCGGCUCAAGUCGGGGCGCCGCAACCCGUUCCAUUCGGACUCGUCCGGCUCGCACUCGAGCGCCCAAUCGUUGCACUCGAUCUCGCAGCGCCUUCUCGGUCUCUGCGUCUCGCUGUUCACGCUCGCGUACCUCCCGCUCGGCAUGAUCGCCAUGUUUGAGAUCCGGCAAGACGCGUCGCUCGGCGACGGCUUUCCGCAUACGAACGCGGUGCUCUCGAUGGUGACGCUCGCGCUCCUCGUGGCGCUGCUCGUCGCCGGUGCGGUCCUUGUCUACAAGAAGACGGAGGCCGGUCUCUCCAAGUGGCAGGUGCGCGUCAUCUGGGGUGCCCUCUACGGCCAAUACGAGUACAGUCGGCGUCUCUUCUUUGUUGUGCCGAUUCUCGUCCAGCUUCUCUCUGGUGUCCUCGUCGCCAACGUGACGGCGUCCGGCGCCGCCCCGCUCAUUGCGCUCAUCGUGCUCCAUGCUCUCUACAUUGUGCUGCUCCUCGUCCUGCAGCCGUUCCGGGAUGUCCUGCAGCUGUGGGCGACCGUGGUCCUCGACGUGCUUUUGUGCGCCAUCCUCGGCGCCGCCAUUGGCAUGACGUCGACGCCGUUGUCGGUGGACACGCAAACGACGCUCUCGUAUGUCAUCGUCGUCCUUGUCUGCGUGUUUGUGCUUGGCAUGCUGCUUCGGCAACUGGUCAUGCUCUGGACGUUCGCGUCUGGGUGGGCCAAGCCGACCAACGACGAUCAGUACACGGGCCUGUAUACGGCCAACGAGCACGAGAUGGACACUGAAAAUGGCAACUACACCGUUUCGCUCCAAGGGACGUCGUCGCACCACACGACGCCGGACCGGCGCACGGGCGACGACGACGACUACGACGUGCCCAACACGAUCCGACUCAUGGACUCGCGUGCCUAAACCUGUAGUUCGUAGUCAUCUCGCGACAAGAUAUAAUACCAUUUUGUGAAGUACUGUUGUCAUCGAGAAGGGCUGUCGUAGCCAAAGAUUCAAAGGGCGGUGCACACCGGCGCCGUGGUUCG